AUGUUUAGAUUAUUAGGUCCUUUGACCGGAUGGCCGAGUCGCCGACAUUCAGUGAGAGGAGGUGUUGGGCCAGUUGACCGGAUGGCCGAAUCGCCGAGAUCUAGUGACGGUUUCUUUUUGGGGUCUAUUAUUGCUAAAAGCCUAGAAGUCUCUAUAAAGCAGACUUUUUCUUACGUUUUAUUCCUGUCUACGUCAACCUCCCUGAAGUCUAUAAUGGCUAUUACUCGGGUUUUUGUCGCCGGUGCUACCGGCACCCAAGGCGGCGCGCUAGCUCGCCAUCUUCGAGCAAAGAAUAUCGAAGUCCAUGCUCUCGCUCGUGACAUCGCAUCUCAAAAAGCUCAAGACCUCGUAUCCAUAGGCGUAAAGUUCUGGGUUGGCGAUUUCAAUAAUAAAAGCGCCCUUACAAUCGCUAUCACAGGCUGUGAUGCCCUCUUCCUCAACUUCAUGCCUGACCUAACAAACCUCAGUGCCGAAGAACAAUGGGCUCAAAGCAUCCUCGACGCGGGCAAGGAGGCUGGGGCCCAGCAUGUUGUUUUCUCGAGUGUUUAUGGCGUCGACCAGACGGAUAAGAUGAGAUGGUUUGACGAGAAGGCCGCAGUCGCUGAGAUUUACGCGAGCAAGCAUAGUAUUGAAAAAAUAGUCAAAGCUUCUGGAUACGCCACUUGGACUGUACUUCGGCCCGGUUAUUUCAUGGCCAAUUGUGUGCAACCUUUUGUGCAAUUUAUGUUGCCUGGCCUGGCAGAAACAGGGGAGUUGAUCACAGCGCUUCGCUCAGAUACUGUUCUGCCGUUGACAGAUACUAAGACUAUUGGACUAUUCAGCAGUGCAGCAAUAAUGCAACCAGAGCGGUUCAACGGCAAGACCAUUUCAUAUUUGGAUGAGCUGCUGACGCUUAGCGAAUUCAUCGAGCGGCUUUCUCAAGCCGUCGGGCGCGAACUCAAAAUCACUUAUUUAUCAGACGAUGAGGUGGAAGCGCAGAGGGAGACAAAUCCCAUUCUGGGUGGACAACUUGUCACCCGCGACAUGGCUCAGUUUGCGAAUUUAGAUCAGGUCAAGUCGUUGGAAGUCCCUUUAGGGACGUUUGAGGAAUAUUUAAAGCGGGAAAGGGAGGCUGUGAAUGCAACUUAUAAUAAGUCAUCAUAG